CCUAGGGUACCGGGUGAAACAAAAAGAAAAUCGAUAUGGAGGGCAAAGACCUGUUUUUGAAGCUGGCACAAUACCGGGUGCGGGUCAAUCUUAACGAUUCUGAUCGGCAAAAGGCUGAGGAACGUACCCACCUCUUCAUCAAAAGAUUCCCUGAGUGGCAACGGAAAGCGAUAAUCCUUGGCAUCGUCAGGACUACGAGAAGCCUCCUUAGACCUAGGUAUAUAGAUGAGGAGCUUAUUCGAAAAUUUAUUGAAAAAAUGAAGGAGUGGAAGAAGCUGGUGGUGAAGGAUGAUGAUUUCGAGAUGAUGUCGGGGGAUGAGGAGGAGGAGGAGGAGGAGGAGGAGACGCUGUUGGAGGAGGGGGAAGAAGAACCGACAGAACAAGACAGGAGGGUGUGGUCGUACCUUUCCAGUAGCCUGGGAUUCAGAAUGAAGCCAGGAGAAGAUGUCAAGAUCGUCAGGCUGAUGAUUCCUUUCUUAGCCCAAUGUUGUGGACGUCUUCCACCAGAAGGACCCGCGAGAUGUGUCCACAUCAAAAUGUUCAUACACCAGUUCCAAACAUAUAUCAUUAAAUAUUGCCUUAGCGACCUGAACGACGUGGAGAUGCUGCUCGAUGUCAUUAAGGCUGUCGAGUCAAGUCCAGCAAAUCCAGAAAAUAAGUUAAAGAAAAAUAUACCAACUAAAGAAGAAGGGAUUGCUGCCCCCAUGUACCUCUUAAAACUAGAGAGAAGAGAAUAUGGAGACCACAGCAGAAAAGGACCUGCAGAAGAAAAUCUUGUGGCAAAUCCUAUAGCUAUUGUUCAAUCUGCUGAAGGACAGGAAUCUUAUGAGAAGUCCAAUGAGUCUUUACAGGUGAACUUUGCUGCCAGUGAUGCUGGUAUAGAUCUAGCUACCCACUCAGUUGGUCUGGAUGAUAAUGAAAAAGAUGGAAACUGUGAUGGGAGUGGAGAGUUUGGAGACUACAGCAGAAAAGGACCUGCAGAAGAAAAUCUUGUGGCAACUCCUAUAGCUACUGUUCAAUCAGCUGAUCAUCAUGAAAACCAAAUUUAUCCAGCAGCUAACUCACACAAAGGUGAUGAUGCCGGUGAUUAUGAGAAAGGGGUAAUUGAAAAGUGUAAUAAAAUUGGAGAUGCCGGUUUCAGCACCUCUAACUUAUGUGGGGAUGACAAAAGCAAAGGCGUAAUUGAAAAGUGUCUGUUGCUGCAACGUUCUUAGAAACAAAUUCCAUUACAGAGAAGUUGGGUUUAUCUGGCUGUGAUAGUAUGUGGGCGCUUCUUGACCUGAUUUUGUAGUUUUGAUGUUCUCUCGCCUUUUAUGGCGAACUUAUAGUAUUUGGUCAUCAGGGCCCAGUUUUUUGAACCUUUUUUGGUUCAUGAGGAUGACUCGGUGCCUCUUUACUCAUGUCAAUAGUUUUCUGAAGCAGUUGCUGGUCUCUCAUGGGUUUAUAUUUGCUCACAUUGCUUUUAUUCAGUAAACACAACACUGCUAUAAAUUGAAAACCAAUAGUAAGCAUUUGCCAAAACCUAGCUUGCUU